AAUAAAAGCGUGCGCAGAAUUUGUCAGACAAAGGCUCGUCCAUCAACAUGGCAAUCAUUUUCAACGUACCACUCUCCUCAUCAUCGUCGUCAAGAUCUAAAUUCAACUCCAGAAAUUCCCACAUUCUCUUCCAGAAACGGUGUCCUUUUCCGAAUCGGACAAUCGUUAACUCCUCCUCUGCGGCUGGAAAAGCUCCGACGCUGCUCCACAAAUUCAACCCUAGGAUCCCCGUCGAACAAGCCCUAACUCCACCCAGCUCCUGGUACACCGACCCCUCAUUUCUUGCCCUUGAACUCGAUCUCGUCUUCUACAGAGGCUGGCAAGCUGUUGGAAAACUAAAAUCUGGAUUUGUUUUUUCUUUUGUCCGAACUCCCGAGCAGCAAAACACAGGAACGAUAUUUUAUUUCUUUGUACUUUUGGUUUGCUCUGUUUGGUUGCUGAGAAAUUGCUCUAUUUGGUUGUUGAGACAAUGGUGUACUGAACAGAUAAAAAAUCCCCGGGACUUUUUCACUGGCAGCAGGUUGGGGAAUGUUGAAUUUGUGGUAUGUCAAGAUAACAAUGGCAAGCUUCAUGCUUUUCACAAUGUGUGUCGACAUCAUGCCUCUCUUCUUGCAUAUGGAAGUGGGCAAAAGUCUUGCUUUGUAUGCCCAUAUCAUGCCUGGACAUAUGGGCUAGAUGGAGCCCUCCUCAAGGCAACCAGAAUAACAGGAAUAAAGGACUUCAGUAUAAAUGAAUUUGGGCUUAUACCUUUGCGCAUCGCCACUUGGGGGCCAUUUGUUCUUCUCAAUAUAGACAAUGACGUUUCACCUCAGCACGAAGCUGAUAGCAAAAUAGUGGGGAAGGAAUGGCUUGGCAGCUCUUCAGACAUUCUGAGUAAUGGUGGAAUUAAUACUUCACUGAGUUAUGUUUGUAGACGUGAAUAUACCAUUGAAUGUAACUGGAAGGUGUUCUGUGACAACUACUUAGAUGGUGGCUAUCAUGUGCCAUAUGCACAUAAAAGUCUUGCUUCUGGCCUUAAGCUUGAGUCCUACUCCACAACAAUGUUUGAAAGGGUUAGCAUCCAAAGUUGUGAAGGUGGUCCUGGGGAAAGUGAAGAUGAUUUUGAUCGACUUGGAACAAAAGCUCUAUAUGCUUUCAUCUAUCCAAAUUUCAUGAUUAAUAGGUAUGGUCCUUGGAUGGACACCAACCUGGUUCUCCCACUUGGACCCAGGACAUGCAAAGUGGUAUUUGAUUACUUUCUUGAAGCUUCCCUUAAGGAUGACAAAGCUUUCAUAGAAAGAAGUCUAGAAGAUAGUGAAAGAGUACAGAUGGAAGACAUCAUACUAUGUGAAGGCGUCCAGAGGGGCCUCGAGUCACCAGCGUAUUGCAGUGGCAGGUACGCUCCUACUGUCGAGAUGGCCAUGCACCAUUUCCAUUGCCUGCUUCAUGAGAACCUAACUAAAUGAUUUUCUCUUAUGUUCUAGUUUGAAAUUUCUUGAAGUUCCAUUGUGUGUUCCGUACAAAAACUCUUUUUAACUUUGCUCACCAUCAAGCUUAAUAUUUCAUAUAAUAACGGUGAACACAUUACUGGGCAAAAGAUGGAUGACUGACACAUUUACCAUAACAUAUCACAACAAUCCACAAAAAACAGCAGCUUGGUUCAAGUAUUUCUUCAAAAUCACUCCAAUGCAGAAACACCCUUUCACAAA